UAGACCAGUGUUGUAAAAUUUCAUAUUGAAUAAAUGUUUGGCAAGGCCCUUGUAAAUAUUUGUUUAUUUUACCGGUCCACAGCCAAUGAGCCGCCACCGGAGGUGCCUCUCUACCCCGUAUGUGUGUCAAUACCCCUUGACAAUUGAUUUGUACGGUUGCGAAAGGAGCGGACUGAACUGGAGGGAUAAUGGCCGGCAGGGAAACCCAGAUGCAGGCGUUCCACUCGCGCUGCGGUCGCUCCAUACGGCUCUACAAUGCCAAUCGGUCGGCGCAGCGCUCCAUGCGGGACUUCAGUCAUGCCCUGGUGUUCAGCGCCCUUCCCCUGGAGGACGACGAACUCUUCGAGGUGGUCAUUGAGAAGAAGAACACCUCCUGGGGCGGCAGCAUCGAGAUUGGGGUCACCGCCGAGUCGCCGGACGACCUGGAACUGGUGGCCUGUGCCACCGCCAUGCGAAAUGGAACCUGGGUCAUGUCCGGAAUCGAUGUGCGAAAGGACGGGCGUCGACUGUUCGAGUUCUACGGCACAGAUCUGGAGACCCUGAACGAAAACGAUCGUGUGGGAGUCAUGCGCACCUCUGGAAACGACCUGGUCUUCUAUGUCAAUGGGGAAUCGCAGGGUGUGGCGGCCAAGAACAUGCCGAAGCCGCUGUGGGCUCUUGUCGAUCUCUAUGGGCGCUGUGUGCAGGUUUCAAUGUUUCCCCGUGACUCGAAUGGCGCUGGAGAGUUAUUGGACUCCCCGAUUCAACAGCCCCUGCAACAGGAAGUCCAGAACUUGGACGUCGCUAUCAACCCGUUACUUGCCGACGGUUGGCUCCACGGCUCCGGUACUGGUGGACACAUUUCCAAUACACAGGUCACCUCCACCGUUUCGGGGCCCGCUUCUGGCUCGGAUUACUACGACAUCAACGAUCGAAUGCGUUUCCAUACCCGCUGUGGCUCGCUGGUUAAACUUUCGCCGAAUUUUCGGUCCGCCGAACGCCGCCGUCCCCUGGACGAGUUCAACAACGGGGUGGUGAUGACCCAUCGGCCGUUGCGGGACAACGAGCUCUUCGAGAUCCGCAUCGACAAGCUGGUGGACAAGUGGUCGGGGUCUAUCGAAGUGGGCGUCACCACGCACAAUCCCACGGUGCUGCACUUUCCAGCCACGAUGACCAACAUGCGUUCGGGCACAACCAUGAUGUCCGGCUGCGGGAUCUUGACGAACGGAAAGGGAACCCGCCGUCAGUAUGGGGAGUUCAACCUGGAUGAGUUGCGGGAAGGAGAUCGCGUGGGGAUGAUGCGCAAGGCGAACGGAAAUCUGCACUAUUACAUUAACGGCCAGGAUCAGGGAGUGGCGGCUACCAGAGUGGCGUCCACUUUGUGGGGCGUUAUCGAUCUCUACGGCAUGACCAUUAAAGUCACCAUCGUCGAUCGCGACGAGCGGGAGCAGCAGAAUCUGGUUACGCGGCGCAACAACAUUGUGGCGGGUAUGAGCGUCUGCGGAGGAGCUUCCCAACAUUCCCAGCAACAUCCGGUCCAUUCGGGCACUCCGACCCUGAGUCUCCUGAGUCCAGAGAGCGAGAUGAAUGUCGCCGGAGCAACGGGCGGCCUGAGCGAGACCAUAUCCAGUACUCGGGCCACAGCUAGGAAUGAUGAUCGCUUGACUUUCCAUCACAUAUGCGGCACUCAUGCCACUGUUACCCAGAGCGGUCGCACGGCACUGCGACCGAACGCUGCUGAUGACUUCAACAAUGGCGUUGUGCUCACACGCCGGCCUCUGCGGCCAAACGAACUGUUCCAGGUGCGGCUGGAGCGUGUGGUUACCAAGUGGGCGGGCUCCGUUGAAAUGGGCGUCACUACGCAUAGCGCCGACGACCUGGACUUUCCAUUCACCAUGACCAAUGUCCGAUCUGGAACCUGGAUGAUGACUGGGAACGGAGUCAUGCAGAACGGAGUAACAGUUAUUGAGCAAUACGGCCAAAAUCUGGACAGGCUGCAGGUGGGAGAUCGGGUGGGUGUUGUGCGCAAGGACGACGGCACGCUGCACUUUUGGGUGAACGGAGUGGAUCAGGGUCCGGCGGCCAGCAAUGUGCCGGAACGAGUGUUCGGCGUAAUCGAUUUGUACGGCCAGGCGGCCCAGGCGAGCAUCGUGGACACCUCGGAAUGUGGAAGUCCGGACACCGGUAACUCUACCAUUUCGAACACUACCUUAUACAGCGAGGUUCCGCUGCGAUUCCACAGCAUUCACGGCGCCAAUGCUGGCAUCUCGAACAGCGGGCUUACCGCUUCGCGGCCCAACUCCCUGGCGGAAUUCAACGACGCCAUAGUGUUCAGUAAUCGGCCGUUGCGGCAGCGGGAGCUCUUCGAAGUGGAGCUAGAGACGAUGGUGCGACACUGGUCGGGCAAUAUUGAAAUCGGAGUGACGGGAACUCGGCCAGAAGACAUUCAGUUGGCGCCGAACGCCACCGAUCUAGAAGCAAAUGAUACCAUCAUUCUCUGCGGUCCCAUGAUCUUUCACAAUCGCAAGACCAUACGCACUAACAUCCUAUUGGACCUAGACACCCUGGGACCCAGCACACGAGUGGGUGUGAUGCGAAACGGCGACUUUAUCCACUUUUUUGUGGACGGCAUGGAUCAGGGCCCGGCCUGUGAGUGCCAUGCGCCAAAUAUUUGGGCCAUCAUUGAUCUGUACGGCCAGUGCGCCCAGGUCAGUCUCACGCAGACGCAGGUGGACAUUCGGGCGCCAUAUGCCACCAGCGAGAACUCGCAGAGCUGCCAGGCCACCUCGGUGAUCCAGCAUCCGGCGAUGGAAACGAAGCACCGCUGGACGUGCGUGUCGGGUAAUGUUAGUCUCACCAAGGACUGGACAGAAGCCUCCCGUUUCACAGGAGUAGCCGCUCCACUGUCUCACUGCCUUGUCUUCUCCGAGCAUCCGCUCAGCGUCGGGUCGCCAUUCGAGAUCAAGUUGACUUCAAUUAAUCCCAUGUUUGCAGGCUGCCUUAGCAUUGGGGUAACGGAUCUGAACCUGAGCGAUGAAAAUGUACGCAAGAAGCUGCCGACCACUUUGCGACGGAUCCCAGCCAACGUUUGGUACGUGAGUGGGAGCGAGGUGCGCUACAACACGAGCUGCCUGCAGAGAUCGCUGGCAUCGCUUGAGUGGCUGCGGGUGGACGAUCGCAUAACCUUGGAGCGGGUGGAGAACUCCCUCAACAUACUGCUGAACUCGGAGAACGUGAACAUCCAGUUCCACAAUGUACCCAACGAUGUGUACGUGGUGGCCGAGCUGUGCGGCUCUACGAUGGGCAUCCAGGUGAUCUCCGCCCAGGGACCAGCCUCGCCGCUGCGCCCCUGUAGCUUGCGGUUGCAGGAUUCCAUGGACUUUGGAAUGGAUCCACUAAAUAAACAGGAUAGCUCAAUGCUGGAGUCCAUAGAUUCGGAGGCUCAGAACUACGAGUUUGUGGACAUCUCGCAAAAGAACGCGAGACUCAGCGAGGACCGCAGAAGUGUGGCCAGGGUGAAGUCCUACAACCAGUCCAUCGUCUGCCUGAAUAAGCCGCUCUGCAAGGGCGACAGCAUCAGCAUUAAAGUUGAUGCACUCAACAGCAAGUGGAAGGGCACUCUCGGGCUGGGCGUCUUGUCGGCAUGUCCGCAAACUGCUCCCAUUUCGUUGCUGGACUGCAAGCGAAGCUGCUGGCUGGCUACCCACGACUAUGUGAACAUCAACGGGCAAGUUAUGGCUUCCAAGUACGGCGAGGUGCUGGACCAGAUCCAGGUGGGCACGGUUAUUACCGUCACCCUGACGCACGCUGGCAUGCUGAUCAUCAUGGUUGGCUCCACGAAUCUGGAGGAUCUGGGCAGCGGCCUUCCCAAUCACGUCUAUCCUGUGUUCGAUGUGUACGGCAAGUGCGAGAAAAUCACAUUGAUCACGGGCAGCGAUGCCGCCCGAACAGGCAAUGCCAAUGGCACGCCUAUUUUGGAGGCUCCUGAGGCCCUGGAGCUGGACAAUGGAAUGCCGCAGCAGUGCGAAAAAGCCCAUCUGGAGAUGCAUGAGAAAGAGAAGGACACGGAACAGGCUUGCGAGUUCGGCAGAGAUGGUCCCUCCACCUCCUCUGCUCCCUCAAAUGCCAUGACCCGCUCUGUUAUGGAGAGCGUCUCGGAGAACUUGCUGCUAAACAUCUCCAUCAAAAACCGCACCCUGGAACAACAACGAAACGAACUAGGAGGGUCAUCGUCGACUUGUUGCCUUCGCGAAUCCCUCCAGCUGCAGCACAACACGAACUUAAAUAUUCAGCGUAGCCAGAGCACUCAGCGAUUCCAGAAUUCUCUGAACACGUCGACAACGGCGGUGGGGGGACCUAGUGGCUCCAACACCUCCAACGUUCAGCACUUGAGUAACUCGGGGGUCUACGACACCAACAAGGAAUACGACGAGCUGCCCCAUGCACCGAUCCCAUCGGGAAACUCUGUGGAUGAAGCCCAAGACGGAACAAUUUCCGCAACGAACGAGCAAAGCGAGAACAACGCGGAGGCGUUAGAUGAUGCAAGGGACAUGUCCAGCGAAUCAGUUGGCAGGGAUAAUGUCCUAGAGGACGACGAGAUCGACUACAUGAACCACCUGCUGCUGCUGCAGCAGCUCCAGCAGAACGAGUACACACGCCAUCACCUGAUGCCUGACCAUCCGUCGAUUCUCAAUCUCGACCUGCCCUCGCUUAACUCGUUGGAGUCCGAUUCCAACUCGAAUGCGAACUCGGCUGGGCCAGUGCGCUGCUCGACGGAGCAAAAUGAUUGCGAGUAUUUGCGCCAGGUGCGACGCUUCUGCGCUUCUCUCGUCCUGCCUCAGGCCUUCUUCGACAGUCGAUUGGAGCCGGUGUGCUUCUGCCCGAAGUGCAGUGGUCCCAGCAACGGAGACAAGCUCGAGGGCUGGGUAUACUUUAAACUUAACCAGCAAACCGUAAAUGCACUGAGUACCUCAACAACAUCCUCGUCGGCGGGUGUUUCCACGGGGGUUUCAUCGUCGGCGGCUCCUCAAGUCCAUUUCGAUCUCAACGGUGAUUGGCUGCCAUUCUACUACAUGACUCGGGUCGACAAGAUCCGGGCAAUCCUUGAUCGUGGCCAGCCACUUCCUUUAGAAUCCGAUCCGGAUGAGGAGCCGGUGGCUGCGGCGUUUAAGGAUGAGCCAGGAACCCGUCUGGAGUUGUACUACUCGCCGAAUGCCACUGUUAUUGAGCCAGUCUUGCCACAGCACCACUUCGCAUCCGAGCAGGGUCUGCACCGCAUCUCAACGUCGUUUGAGGUAUACGUCCGGCGGCAGUCGAUUUCUGGUGUAACAACCGGCAAGGCCGCCGCAGAGGCCAAGCGGCGCAGCCUGGGUACUGUCACUGCCAACGAGAAUGAUAGUGUUGGCGGUGGAACAAACCAGGAUGCGGUGGGCGCCACUUCCUCUUCCGGAGGAACAGCCCCAAACGAGUCGUCGGUCCAUCUGCUAAACGAUCUCUGUUGGUUCACAAAAGAGGCCGGCGCCUGUAUAAUCAACGCAUUGAUUAUCAAACUGGAUAGGAUGGACGACCAGGAAUCUCAUUGAGCACGCUAGUCAUGGCCUUUUGUUAGCCUAUACACCCGCUUCCAGCACGAUUAUCCUAAUCCCCACAUUCAAAUCACGCUAAAAAGCUACCCACACCAAAUCGCAUUCGCAUUCCCCUUUGUAAACGAGUUUGUAUUGUAUUUUAAGCGCCAAUAAAGUAACCGCAAAGUUAA